AUGGAAUUCCAUAAGGACCACUCGGCCACCGACCUAUACGGCAUGACCCCUGAGAACCGUGAAAUCGUGGAAUUGGCUCUCAAAAACGCUAAGGUGGAGGGACUCCUCAUUACCAGCGGAUCUGACUCGGCCAUUAAGGUCGUAUACCAGGCAAACCGAGAGGCCAGGGCAAGAGGGAUGCUAGGUUACCGACCCGAUCAGGGAAGAUUGGAGGACAAGGCCCCUUUUAGCAAGAGCGACUUAGAAUACCUCCGCCAAUAUUUUACUGUGACUCCAGCCGACACUAUCUUUGGUAUGAUGACCGAGGAAAGGGCCCGGGAUAGACAAGCCCUCGAGGAGAAGGUCGAGGCCUCGGACCCCCCUAUGAUGAAAGUGUCCAGAGACGAUACCCCUGGGACUGCAAGGCCUAUGGUUGAGGGCCCCGGCGACCCUUUCUUUGGACACGAGGCCGAAGACGACUCCACGUUGGGAAUCUCCGAUGAGGAAUACGAGGGGAUCCUCAGGAUGGUUGAGGAAAAAAACCCUCACCAGGGGCAGCUUUGA